CGAUUGUACGGUCGUAAUUCAUCAGUGAAAACUCAGCGCAUUACAUAAUCCAUCAUGGCUCAAGAAGUUCCUACUUUCAAAUUAGUAUUGGUUGGAGACGGUGGUACCGGUAAGACCACCUUCGUCAAGAGACACUUGACAGGUGAGUUUGAAAAGAAAUACAUUGCCACCUUGGGUGUCGAAGUCCACCCUUUGGGCUUCCACACCAACUUCGGUGAAUUGAAGUUUGAUGUUUGGGACACUGCCGGACAAGAAAAGUUUGGUGGUUUGAGAGACGGUUACUACAUCAAUGGUCAGUGUGGUAUCAUCAUGUUCGACGUCACCUCGAGAAUCACCUACAAGAACGUUCCUAACUGGCACAGAGACUUGGUCAGAGUGUGUGAAAACAUCCCAAUCGUGUUGUGUGGUAACAAGGUCGACGUCAAAGAACGUAAGGUCAAGGCCAAGACCAUCACCUUCCACAGAAAGAAGAACUUGCAAUACUACGAUAUCUCUGCCAAGUCCAACUACAACUUCGAAAAGCCAUUCUUGUGGUUGGCUAGAAAGUUGGUCGGUAACCCUCAGUUGGAAUUCGUUGCCUCCCCAGCCUUGGCUCCUCCAGAAGUUCAAGUCGAUGCCGACUUGAUGCAAAAAUACCAGCAGGAAAUGGAACAGGCCACUGCCUUGCCAUUGCCUGAUGAAGACGACGCCGACUUGUAAGCAGUGUUAUCGACUACUGUUUGUGUUAGAGGCUUUGUUUAGUCAUCUUGUCCAAUAGACAGAUGCACAGCUCAUCGUUCUAGACGAUUGACUAUCUGCUUUUGGACAGUCAAGUAUCUAUGACGAGAAAUUUGGUAUAUAAUC